AAACCUUAUUAAGACUCCAGAAAGAAAAAGAACAAACAAGAAUCAAUGGUUAGUUGUCAGUACUCUCUCCACAAUUCCUAUGGCACAGAGCAGAAAGCUGGAUUUUGUAAAUAGAACCCAUUUCUUCGGCUACCACAGGGCACCAAAUCAGUGCACUAUACAAGUCUUUUCGAAAGAAGGGUCUCAUCUAGGAGAAUCAUUACUUGACUAUAUUAUGUCCUUUCCAGAGACUUCUCCACCUGACAGGCAUGCUUUGGCAAGUGUUAAAGAGCUGCACGCGGGUACACAAAGUACUCAGUCAUGCCAUUGCAGCACGCACGGUAUUCGUGCAAGGACAGCUGGCAGAGGAGCCGGGGACUCUAGAGUGGGAAGUACAAUUUAAAGUUAUUCAAAAAGCAAGGAGAUCAAAUUUCAAAGGUCUCUGAAUGUGGGCAGGGCGAAGGUGCCAGUGGCCGGCGGCGCUACGAGAGUACUCGGGAGCACGAUCCCCGCUGGGACAGGGCUAGGGAAUCUUCAAGGGAGAAAUCUGAGCUUCGGCUGGGACAGCCACCGGCGGGCGAGCGCGACACAAGGCUGACGAUCGGCAACCUUCUUCAGCCAGAUCUCAAACCAGCUUUCUUCUGUACCUCAGGAAAAGAACAAUGCUGGUUUCGGAAGGAACGAAGGAACUUUGGUAGUCCUGGCAGAACCACCGUCGCAAGGCAAGGUAGCGCGCUCUGCAGCGUAGUAGCAGCCGCAGGAGUCCUGUCUGGAAGGGCGCUGGGAGAAACCCGUCGCACCAAAGGGCAGCUAUUGCUUUUGAUGAGGACACCUCAAGAGGUCACCAAAGACAGUUGGAGUUCAUUUCAGCUCCUUACAGAAUCAGGGCCUCUACCUCAGUGCCGCUCCAGGCAGCUCUGCCUCAGAGAUUGCUUCUCCGGUUGCUCUUGGACCGUGUCACUGCCUGGAAGAGGAAUGCUGUGAAACCGAGCCAGGAACCAACUCGGAGCCAUUCGCCUAUACGUGCUCCGUCGGUGAACUGACAGCUCUGAGCCCAGGAAUACCAAGUCCUGAAACACGGGCACAGAGAGGAUGAGUAUAGGGGAGAGCACCUCAGCUCCCUUCCACACAACCACAGACACCGGCAGGGUUAUUUCCUCCUUUUCUGUCGUGGACUAUGUGGUGUUUGGCCUGUUGCUCCUUCUCUCCCUCAUCAUUGGGCUCUAUCAUGCUUGCCGUGGAUGGGGCCGUCAUACUGUUGGUGAGUUGCUGCUGGCAGACCGCAAAAUGGGCUGCCUUCCCGUGGCACUGUCCCUGCUGGCCACCUUCCAGUCAGCAGUAGCCAUCCUGGGGGCACCAGCUGAGAUCUACCGAUUCGGAACCCAGUAUUGGUUCCUGGGAUGCUCCUACUUCCUGGGACUUCUGAUCCCCGCUCACAUCUUCAUCCCAGUCUUCUACCGCCUGCAUCUGACCAGUGCCUAUGAGUACCUGGAGCUCCGCUUCAAUAAAGUAGUGAGGAUCCUUGGAACUGUGACCUUCAUCUUUCAGAUGGUGAUCUACAUGGGCGUUGCUCUCUACGCACCUUCCUUGGCCCUCAAUGCAGUGACAGGAUUUGAUCUAUGGCUGUCGGUCCUGGCCCUGGGAAUCGUCUGCAACAUCUACACUGCACUGGGUGGGCUCAAGGCUGUCAUUUGGACAGAUGUGUUCCAAACGCUGGUCAUGUUCCUAGGGCAGCUGGUGGUUAUCAUUGUAGGCUCGGCCAGAGUGGGCGGCUUGGGUCAUGUAUGGAACGUGUCUUCCCAGUAUGGCCUCAUCUCUGGGAUUGAGCUGGAUCCUGACCCCUUUGUGCGUCAUACUUUCUGGACUUUGGCCUUUGGGGGGGUUUUCAUGAUGCUGUCCUUGUAUGGAGUGAAUCAGGCUCAGGUGCAACGCUACCUCAGCUCCCGCUCAGAGAAAGCUGCUAUUCUUUCCUGCUAUGCGGUGUUCCCCUGCCAACAAGUGUCCCUGUGCAUGAGCUCCCUCAUUGGUCUGGUCAUGUUUGCCUAUUAUAAGAAAUAUACUAUGAGCCCCCAGCAAGAGCAAGCAGCACCUGACCAGCUAGUGCUCUAUUUCGUCAUGGACCUCCUGAAGGACACGCCGGGGCUGCCUGGGCUCUUUGUCGCCUGCCUCUUCAGUGGAUCCCUCAGCACCAUAUCAUCCGCAUUCAAUUCACUGGCAACUGUCACCAUGGAGGACCUAAUUCAGCCUUGGUUCCCUGAGAUGACUGAAACCCGGGCCAUCCUGCUUUCCCGAAGCCUUGCCUUUGCCUAUGGACUGAUUUGCCUGGGAAUGGCCUAUAUUUCCUCUCAUCUGGGAUCAGUGCUCCAGGCAGCACUCAGCAUCUUUGGCAUGGUUGGAGGGCCACUGCUGGGCCUUUUCUGCCUGGGGAUGUUCUUCCCGUGUGCCAACCCUCUUGGUGCCAUCGUAGGCCUGUUGACUGGACUCACCAUGGCCUUCUGGAUCGGCAUUGGGAGCAUAGUGAGCAAGAUGAGCUCUUCUGUGGCGUCCCCUCCCGUUAAUGGGUCCAGCUCCUUCCUGCCCAGCAACUUGACCAUCACCACUAUGACUACUCUGAUGCCUUCUACCACCCUGUCCAAGCCCACAGGACUGCAGCGGUUCUACUCCCUGUCCUAUUUAUGGUACAGUGCGCACAACUCCACCACGGUCAUUGUCGUGGGCCUGAUUGUCAGUCUGCUCACCGGGGGAAUGCGGGGCCGGACCCUGAACCCCGGCACCAUUUAUCCAGUGUUGCCAAAGCUCCUCUCACUCUUGCCCUUAUCCUGCCAGAAGCGGCUUCGCUGGAGAAGCUACAGCCAGGAUGUCCCUGUGGUCCCCCCCCUGUUUCCGGAGAAGAUGAGGAAUGGAGUGCUGCAGGACAGCAGGGAUAAGGAGAGGGUGGCUGAGGACGGCCUCGUCCACCAGCCGUGCAGCCCGACCUGCAUCGUCCAGGAGACCUCCCUGUGACAGUCUGUCCACCCCGCAGGACAGCAGCCAUGGCCCACUUACAGUGCAGGACCUUGUUCAUGCCUCCGUGGAUGCCGCAGCAUGCAAGGGCUAGACACGGUUUUUCCUUAUCCCUUGCCAGUCCUACCCUUAGGAUCAGGUUUAGGGAUACAGAAUUACAUCACGAGGGGGAAAUAAAUGAAUCCACAGAGAAAAGGAUGACUUUUGAUUGAGUAUGACCAGAGUCCUUUCGGGUGGCUAGGGAUAAUAUUUCUUACAACCACCCUGGGGCCUGAUUUGGCAAGAUUGACCAGUCCCACACCUUAAGCAUGAAAUUCUUGGCUACCUUUCGAUUCCCUCCCUCUCAAGUCAUCUUGGGUUAUCUCAGCCGUUUGUGGGUACCCGAAAGUGAUUUCAGAUUUUCUGUAACACUCAAGCCCCCUCACAGUCUUACCUGCCUACCUCAGUUCUUCAGAGGGAGGCUUUGGUGUCCUGGGUCUCGGACAGUUGUGUAACAUCUGCUUUGUAGAGGGGGCAAGUUUUUACAUCACAGACCUCACCCCUCCUCUGGUGGUACCUAAGAGACGGUGUCCUCACCGGGUUCCUUCUGCGGUGUGCUAUCCUCUGAACUCUGAAGCCAGGCCACCCUGGUGUCACUCUGUUGUCUAUGCGCCGGUUUCAUUUUGGAGUUUCCUCAUGCAUUUGUUCCUAGGGAAUAAAAUAGCUGUUAGACCUAG